AUGGCCCACGGGUUAUGUCUUGAAAAUCUUAAGAUCAUGAUUUAUAUCACGAUAUCUUCAGUGUUGCUUAUAUUGUUCAUACAAAGUCUACACCGGAAAAUUCCCUCAAUUUCCAUCGAAGAAUUCUAUGUUAAUACCCUUAACAACACCGCUACCGGAAACACCACAGCCACCCCCACAACCAAGAACACCACCAUCUACUUUGAUCUUAAGCUUGACAACCACAAUCCGGUGGGAGUGUAUUAUCGUCCAAUGAAUCUUACUUUUUCUUACUUUCCAAACAAAACCACCAAUAGUAGUAUCCCCUUAGCUGUGUACACUUUACGUGGAUUUCAUCAAGACCAUCACAAGGAAAAGCACGUCCGUGACACGGUGAUGACGGGUGGAAUGAUGGUGCAGCCUGGUGGUGGGAGUGUGGUGGUGAUGAGGGUGGAUUUGGUUGGCAGGGUUAAGUUCAAGUCUAUUGCGCAAUGGAAGCGGUCGGUGGUUGUGGGGAUAGACGUGGAGGUUGAUGAAUUCACAGGCGAAAAGCUUAAGAAGAAUAGCAUCAAGCUGAUCCCUUCUGGUGCAGCACAGGUGGUAGAUUGGAUCAUCUGUCUGCCGGCGCCGGCGGUGACGUUGCUUAUACUUACUUGUUCUUUUAAUUUAAUGUUUCUUUAA